AUGUCAGAGUCACGCCUUUUCCAGCCCAUGAAAAUCGGCAACAUCAAAGUCCAGCAUCGCAUUGGCAUGGCUCCUCUUACACGCCUCAGAGCCAGCAUUGACCGUGUCCCCAACGCCCUAAUGAAGGAGUACUACGGUCAACGCGCUUCCAUCCCAGGUACCCUCAUCAUCUCAGAGGGAACUCUUGUCUCCCCUGCUGCUGGCGGGGGUUUCGCCAGAACGCCUGGAAUCUGGAACCAAGAGCAAGUCUCUGCCUGGAAAGAGAUCACAGACGAAGUGCACCGUAAGGGCAGUUUCAUUUUCGUUCAGCUGUUUGCGAUGGGUCGUGCUGCAAUUGUUGAAGUUGCGAAAGAUGAAGGAAUCGACAUUAUCGGACCGAGUGCAAUUCCGAUUGAAGGCAGCCCUGCUCAACCUCGAGCCAUGACUUUGGACGAGAUUCAUGAAAUGGUCGAGGCAUUCGUCACUGCAUCGAAGAAUGCGAUCCACGCUGGCUUCGAUGGCGUCGAAAUACAUGGUGCCAAUGGGUAUCUGCUCGACCAAUUCCUCCAGGACGUCAGCAACCAGCGGGACGACGAAUACGGCGGCAGCAUUGAUAACAGGUCCCGUCUGAUCACCGAGAUCCUAGAACGCACUGUACAGGUUAUAGGUUCAGAGCGCGUUGGUAUCCGUCUCAGUCCAUGGAGUACCUUCCAGAGUAUGCGCAUGAAAGACCCAAUCCCUCAGUUCACAGACAUAAUCAACAAAGCCAGCCGUCUCAACUUGGCCUAUCUUCACUUCAUCGAGUCGCGCAUCUCCGGCAGCCAAGACUGUCAGGAUCAUGGCAACGAGAAGCUCGACUUUGCAUAUGAUCUCUGGAAGGGACCUUUCCUUAUUGCUGGCGGGUUUAAACUGAACGAAGCGGAAAGGCUAGUUGACGAAGAACAUCCCGAUAAGGAUAUCAUGGUCAUGUUUGGGAGGUACUUCCUGGCCAACCCGGACUUGGUGUAUAGAAUCAAGGAAGGCUUGGAGUUUAACCCCUAUGAGAGGAAGACGUUUUACAGUAGCGAUGUCGAGGGUUACGUUGAUUACCCGUUUGCCGUUAGAAAGGAUGCUGUGGUUUUAAAGUGA